UUGAAAUUUUUAGUGAUUCGGGAAUUAUCGCUUGCGAUGGAGUCAUAUUUUUGCGUAAUAAAAUCUGAUUGUAGUACUGUUGGAAAUUUAUUGAAAUUAUGUCAUUUGUUUAUCUUGUCUCAGCUUGGUCGUGUUCAAUGCAGAAAAGUCUCUAUCGUUUGACAAAAUUUGUCUGAGAAUUGUUAUUGUUCGAGAAAUUGUCGAUUCGGGAGACAUCUUGUGUUGAAAAAGAUACAAGUAACUUGACUUGUAUGAUUUUGUCUUUCACGUGAAAAGUAGCAGAAUUAGUUCCGUGCUAAAAAGUCCGCAAUCAUGGAUGUGUCGUGGGAUGCUGAUAACUUUGAGCCGAAACUUCCGACCACGUUGACGUCCAGCAAAUGGGAGGGCGAGGACGAGGAAGAGACCGUCAAGGAAAGUUGGGAGGACGAAGAGGAGGAAAAGAAGGAUGAGGAGAAAAAGGAGGUAGCUCCUCCCCCACCAAAACCCAAGAAGAAAAUAUUAGACAAAAUUGCCGAAAAGGAGCGGCUUGAGCGUGAGAAAGCAGAGCGUCUGGCUGCUGAAAAAGAUGAGGAGCUCACACCGGAACAGAAACUUGCUGAGAAAUUGAGACAGCAAAAGUUACAAGAGGAGUCAGAUCUCCGACUUGCCUUGGAGACCUUUGGUGUAACCGAAGGCAGUAGUGGCAGGUUGGACAACUUCCAUCCAACCAAUAAGGAGGAGUUCACAGAGUUUGGGGACCUUCUUUGUAAAAAGAUUAACUUUUACAAGGCUAAAGAUGAGUUCCCAGCCUUUGUUGAUGACCUGGUCAAAAAUAUUGUAGUACAAAUGGCAUCAGCAGACAUUAAGCGGAUAAAAAUGACAGUGGAUAAUCUCUAUAUUGAAAAGCAAAAGGCGGAGAAAAAUGAGAAAUCAAAGAAGCCUAACAAAGGAAAAGGCAAAGCUAAAUUAAAAGUGGAAGGCGAUAACGCUCACCUCAAUCAAUAUGAUGCCUACGGUAACUUUGAUGCUGACUACGAUGACUUCAUGUAAACAACACAGUACGCUGUCAAUUUUACCCGAUACCUGGCCUCUGAUAUAAUUGCAAAUAUCGUUUAUUUGUCACAAACAUAAAAUUAAACUAAAAAUUCAUAUACAUUGACUGCAUGUCAGUAUAUCAAAUGUUAUGGAUUUUACUCAGUAUAAAGUAAAAAAAAACUGUUAAAAUUAUUAUGUUAUAUUAUUUAUUAUCUGUGCCCGUUUGCAAUAUCGCUUGACUUUAACCAUCAUUUAUGAUCUAACGAUUAUUGCAAUGAUUUUCAAAUAGGAACCGACAUUUGCAUAUAAAAUAUUUUUGUAACAUAAUAUAUUUUUCUAAACUAACUAUGGAUGUUUAAUAAAUGCGUUUGCUAAUUUGGCAAUUUAAUCAUCUAUAAACGUAUCAAAUUGUGAAAGUAAAAUAUAAAAAUAUCUCAUAUCAUUAAAUCAGAAGUGCUCUCUUGGUUAUAUAAAAGUAAUAUAAUGGAUUUGUUCUUAAUAACAAUUACUGUCUUUUAUAAUAAACAUUACUUAGUGAGUCACUAGUCGAUGCUGUGUCUUCUUCUUUUCAAUGUCAAAUCAAUAAUGACAGAAAGAGAGAAAUCAGUGUUAAAUUGACAAAGUCUUAACCUUCUUCUUUUAGGUUUGAUAUAUUACAUUGUAUAUAGCAUUACUGUAAUCAAAUAAGCUACAAGAAGUAGCCAUAUUAUAAUUAAAACUAAAUAAUGUGACUUCUAAUGGAAAAGCUACUACAAAAUCUUUUUAUCUCUUUAAUUCAUAACCGUAAAUACAUCAAAAUAUUCAAAUGCAUAUGUGUAAAAAAAACCUAUACUGAGUGAAUGAAUGAAGUGAAUGCCUCUCAGUCAUAAGUUUUACAAUAUAGGUAAUGUAAAUAAGCUGCUGAAUAUAAUAUAUAAAAUUAAAUGUAGUCGUAUUAUAUGAGCGGUAGUGUAAGGUCUAAACCUUUGAGAAGAAGCACCUCCUCCUUUGGAGGCCUUUGCCUAACAGUAGAACAUUAACAGGCCGCUUGCCUUUUGUUAUGAUUAAGUUUUGCUCAUCACAGCUUACCGUUACUCAUCACAGUAACUUUUUAAUUUCUUGAGAUAAAAUUAGUCUAUGAUACAGAGGUCAGGUAUUACAGUGGUCUGUACAAAUUCGACUGUUUCUUUUAAAUAUUUUAUAAUUUUUAAAUUGUACAUGCUCCUUUAAAAACAAAUUGUAUUCCUUGACAGAAUUAUAGUAAUUGCUGCUGUAAUUUCCAGGAAAAAAAAGUCACACUAGUUUAAUUAUUAUGUACUGUCUAUUGUUCUUAUAUUAAAGUCCUUUGUCGUAGAUUGAAAUUGUUUUUUGUAAAAUUGCAACACCAAUUAAAAAAAAUGUAUGUAGUCUGUACAGACCACUUAUAAAUGCCAUGUAUCCUAUAUUAUUCAUAUUUUGUAAUAUACUGUCGUUUCAUUUAACGGUUACGGUCCGAUGUUAUAUUAUAUAGAUAAUAAAUUUUUUAUUGUGAUAA